AUGAGCCCACCACCGUCGCUAGACUUGGCGUGGUUUCACGCGUUGCCAGACGACCAGCUGGUCCCUAUCCUGCAAGAUGUGUUUGCAAGCGCACCUCUUGCCGUCCAAGUCGCGAGCGGCCGGCCGUAUAUCUCGAUAGAGGCGCUCUGUGCCUACGCUACGAAGGCGCUGUAUGCCCUCCCUCAUGGCGAGAUCUUCGCCUCGGUGAAUGCCCAUCCUGACAUUGGCGCCCGUGUGGCGUCCGGGAGUCUAUCAGAGAAAGAGCAGUCUACAGCCGCGACGUCAGAUGCAUCGACGAUGCAGCAGAUUCGGGCAUUGUCCUCCACGUACCGUGCGCGCUUCGGCUUCACCUUUCUCAUCAAAGCCGCCGGCUUAUCUGGCGAGGAAAUCCUUGCUGCACUGGAGCGCCGCCUCGAGAACGACCGCGCGACCGAGGAACGUCAUGCGAUGGAGAAUCUCGCAGCCAUCAAUGCGCUGCGUCUGCACGGUAUAGGUACGACUUCAUAG